GUAUCUGGGGAAAAUAGCCUAAAWUAGGAGGAGYAAAUCCAUAAUMAGAUGCAAGGMAUGCCUUUGAUAAGGAUGGCGGCACACCCGGGAAGAUUACUCUCACUUUUUGGAAUUCUACUUCUCUCGAAUGCCGUUGCAUCCGAAAUAGCAAGUGGCCCAGUUGAURYUAAUACAGAGCACAAUUCCAAUGAUGGCACYGGGGGGAAGAAAACAAUCGCAGAUUUGGCGUGGGACGAUUACUAUCGAAAAGUGAAUGACGGUGAUCCGCAUGCCACAAUGGGACUAUUGAAACUCUUCAAUUGUCCUCUUUACAGUGACAUCUUCGGGGUUGGCUACCAGGAAACGAASAUUGAAGUCUCUGGAAGGGUCGAAGGYUUGUCUAAUGCACCGUAUUCUCGACUUCCGACGGAAGAAGAAACGUGGAAGUUCUUUGAGGAAGCAUACUAUUUCGCAGUGGGAAUGGAGCAACCGACUUCAUCSACCGAAAAGGAAACACACAAUCAAAAUGAAUUCGGUAGAUGGCGGGGAAUGAAUAUCCCCUUCGAAGUUCGAUACGAUAGCAAGAUUGGACGUGCUUUGUAUACAACGACACAUAUCCCGAAAGGAACCCUCGUUUGGGACGGAAGCUACACGGCGACGUUCACUUCUCCAAUGGUUCAAGGCUCCGAAGGUAUUGAUUCAACUCCUACCUUCCCAACCUACCGGCGUUUCAUGGAGUACCUGCACGAUCACAGCAGUGAACGAAAUAAAGAGCAAGCACCGCAUGAUUGGGCUUGCGACGCUCUCAUGUGGACGUAUAUUUCCGCCCCUGUUGACGAAAAGUCGUUGCUCGAAAUAGGUGAUGGAGAAGAUUUUUUGUUUAACAUGACCCACCAAUCCUUGUGCGUUGCCUUUGACCACGGUUCGCUGUUCAACGAUUCGAAGGGAAACCCUCAUGCCGAUACACUCGAGGACGCUUACUAUUCAAAAACUCGCGAAGAGUCAUUUGGCUUGGAAGGUUACGCUCGUAAAUCGGCACAAGACGAAGACGAUGCGCCACUGAAAAAGAUUUCUCUCCAAAGCUCCGAAUGCCAGCUUGGAGCCAUGCAAGCCAGUAGGGAUCUCCAAAAAGGGGAGGGUACGUGAACAAGUUCGUUGCCGUCGUUUUGUUUCGGCUUUUGUUCUUUUCUCUUUUAUUUGCGAUUGCAGUACGCGCGUUGCACAAAACCACCGAGCUGCUCGUUCUUUGACCUCUCAUGUUUUCUUUUUCGCCCACUCCUUCAAAACUGUUAGAACUUCGAUACGACUAUGGAAUAUUUGACAACGACGAUGACGAUGACGACGACGACAACUAUUACUACUAUUCAUAUGAUUUGUUUGAAGAUGAUGAAAGCCAAAUCAUGGAGUCCUGAAUAGCAAAUUGAGAAUWUUUUGAAAUAAUUAACUGAUGAUAAAUAUGAAAAAAAUAAGUGGCGUUGCCUCUGGGGUUGGAAGAGGGCAGUGYCAAAUGCUGCUGAUGUGUGGAAUCAAACACUCAAGAACUGGUUGGAUACCAUUGUAUUCAGAUGGCUUCAUAAUACGGAGUCCUAACUAACUCUGAAGGGCAGAUUCGAAUUGCAUCGGAAGGCUUUUUAGAAGGUACUAAAAGUAGUAAACACUUUUCGAACUU